AUGAAUGUUUCCACAUCAACUAUUGAACAACCUCGACGGAAGCCAAAUCAAAGUAUAACUGACUCUGAAGACGCGUCUAUAUUAAAUCUUGGCCGUGAAUUUGACGUCAAUCAAAUUGGACAUGAUGGCAAUGUUUCGAAACUAAUCACUUUAAACUUAUCUGAAACUCGUAUAUUGAUUAAUGCAGUACUCAAGCAGCGAAGGAAAGAGGAAUCAGGGAAACAUUUCAAUGAUGGUGAUAUUAAUGAUAAUGAAGACGAAGAAGAUUUUUCAAAUUCAAAUGAAAAUGAAGAAACUGUUAAAGCUGUUGAAAAUCUUCUAAACUCAGCCGAGAAUGCGGAUCUCCAUCCAUUUGAAGUAGCUCAAUUGGGAUCACUUGCUUUUGAAGAAGCUGAUGAAGCUAAAACUUUGAUCCCCAGUUUAGCUAAAAAGAAGACUGAUGAUGAACUCCAGUUGAUUUUAAGUCAGCUCAACAAAUUAGGUUAG